UGGCCCGCCGCUGACCACUAGGGGGCAGCCCUCCACGCAGAGGCUCGAGCGACGGGGGCGACGCAGCGGCCACCGGCUCUGCCGAGCCCACCCCAGAAUCAGAAGGAAGGGAGCCUGAUUCCACGCGGGGCCUCCCCCGUGGCAUACGUUGUUGUUAGGCAACUAUUCGCCCCGAAUAUGGUUUAUUGGAGACUUAGGGUUUGCUUUUCUUAUCAAGUGCGACAGCAACCUGGCUGGGUCGCCUCUCGCAUUCAAGAACCCGCAGAGACUCUGGGGGAGCCGGUUUGAGGCCCCAUGCAGGCCAAAGCAUCCCUCCGAGAAGGCGGGGUCGCUUACCUGGUAGGUGCCCCGAGAGCCCGCAGCACGGCCCGAGGUGGGGUCCACCGAUGGAACGGGAGACCACGGGCGUGGCUCAGGGCGCGGUAACCACUCCCCGGGCCCGCCUCAGGGACGGCUCCGCCUCACCCCAGCCUGUGCCCCGCCUCCGGGACAGCCCAGUUUCCGAGACCUCCCAACCUCCGAGACAGCUCCGCCCCCAGAACAGCCUGGCCUCCAGGACGGGCCCGCCUACGGUACAACCCGCCUCCGGGACAGCAGGGCUGCACCUCCGAGACAGCUCCGUACCCAGGGACGGCCCCGCCUCCGAGACGGCCCUGCCUCCAGCACGGCCCCCACCUCCGAGACCGCCCCGCCUCCGACACGUCCCCAGCGCACCACUGCAGAGCCAGUCCAUCCGUCCCCAGGGAUCCGCACUGCUCAGGGCAGCUGAUAGAACCAUGGCGACCACUGCCGCUGCUGCGUUCGAGGCCCUCAUGGAUGGAGUGACAUGCUGGGAUGUCCCCAGAGACCCCGUCCCCAGUGAACUCCUUCUUAUUGGAGAGGCUGCCUUCCCCGUGAUGGUGAAUGACAAGGGCCAGGUGCUCAUUGCUGCCUCCUCCUACGGCCAAGGCCGCCUCGUGGUUGUGUCCCAUGAGGGCUACCUGUUGCAUGCGGGCUUGGCUCCAUUUCUCCUCAAUGCAGUGAGCUGGCUGUGUCCCUGCCCUGGGGCUCCCAUGGGAGUGCAUCCAUCCCUGGCACCUCUAGUAAACAUCCUGCAGGAUGCUGGGCUUGAGGCACAGGUCAAGCCAGAACCAGGAGAGCCCCUAGGGGUUUACUGCAUCAAUGCCUACAAUGACACCAUGACUGCAACACUGAUCCAGUUUGUGAAACACGGAGGGGGCUUGUUAAUCGGGGGCCAGGCCUGGUACUGGGCCAGCCAGCACGGCCCUGAGAAGGUGCUCUCCAGGUUCCCCGGGAACAAGGUGACAAGUGUGGCCGGAGUGUACUUCACCGACACCUAUGGGGACAGAGACCGGUUCAAGGUCUCUAAGAAGGUGCCCAAGAUCCCACUCCAUGUCAGGUGUGGGGAGGAUGUCAGGCAGGACCAGCAGCAGCUCCUGGAGGGGAUCUCAGAGCUGGACAUCAGGACAGGGGGAGUCCCCUCACAGCUGCUGGUGCAUGGAGCCCUGGCCUUCCCUCUGGGGCUGGAUGCCUCACUCAACUGCUUCCUGGCAGCUGCUCGCUAUGGCCGGGGCCGUGUGGUCCUGGCUGCCCACGAGUGCCUGCUGUGUGCUCCCAAGAUGCGGUCCUUCUUGCUCAAUGCGGUGCGCUGGCUGGCCAGAGGCCAGACAGGCAAAGUUGGGGUGAACACAAAUCUAAAAGAUCUGUGUCCCCUCCUAUUGGAACAUGGCCUGCAAUGCAGCCUGGAGCCCCAUCUGAACAGCAACUUGUGUGUCUACUGCUGCAAGGCGUACAGUGACAAGGAGGCUAAGCAGCUGCAGGAGUUUGUGGCUGAGGGUGGGGGGCUGCUGAUUGGGGGCCAGGCCUGGUGGUGGGCCUCCCAGAACCCUGGCCACUGCCCCUUGGCUGGUUUCCCUGGUAACGUCAUCCUCAACUGCUUUGGCCUCAGCAUCCUGCCUCAGACUCUCAAAGCAGGCUGUUUCCCCGUUCCCACCCUUGAGAUGAGAAGCUACCACUUCCGCAAGGCGCUCUCUGAAUUCCAGGCUAUCCUGAACCACGAGAAUGGGAACUUGGAAAAGAGCUGUCUGGCAAAGUUGAGAGUUGAUGGUGCAGCCUUCCUACAGAUUCCUGCAGAGGGGAUCCCUGCUUACAUAUCCCUGCACAGGCUCCUGAGGAAGAUGCUACGAGGGUCAGGCCUCCCAGCUGUGAGCCGGGAAAAUCCAGUUGCCAGUGACUCCUAUGAGGCUGCCAUGCUCUCCCUGGCCACUGGGCUGGCUCACUCUGGAACUGACUGCUCCCAGCUGGCCCAGGGGCUUGGCACCUGGACCUGCUCCUCUAGUUUGUACCCCUCAAAACACCCCAUCACUGUGGAGAUUGACGGAAUCAACCCAGGCAACAGUGAUUGCUGGGUAAGCACCGGGCUCUACCUCCUGGAAGGACAAAAUGCAGAAGUUUCACUGUCUGAAGUUGCCGCCUCUGCUGGCCUCCGGGUACAGAUUGGCUGCCACACCGAUGACCUAACCAAGGCCAGGAAGCUAUCUCGAGCCCCUGUGGUGACUCAUCAAUGCUGUAUGGACAGGACUGAACGGUCAGUCUCCUGCCUCUGGGGCGGCCUCCUCUACGUCAUCGUGCCCAAGGGCAGCCAACUAGGCCCUGUGUCUGUCACUAUCAGGGGGGCUGUGCCUGCCCCAUACUACAAGCUGGGUAAGACAUCACUAGAAGAGUGGAAGAGGCAGAUGCAGGAGGACCCAGCUCCCUGGGGAGAACUGGCCACGGACAACAUCAUCCUGACAGUGCCAACCACAAACCUCCAGGCCCUGAAGGACCCCGAGCCUGUGCUCCGCCUCUGGGAUGAGAUGAUGGAGGCUGUGGCCAGGCUGGCAGCUGAACCCUUCCCUCUCCGCCGUCCCGAGAGGAUUGUGGCUGAUGUGCAGAUCUCAGCUGGCUGGAUGCAUUCAGGAUACCCCAUCAUGUGCCACCUGGAGUCUGUGAAGGAGAUCAUCAACGAGAUGGACAUGAGGAGCAGAGGUGUGUGGGGCCCCAUCCAUGAGCUGGGCCACAACCAACAGCGGCAUGGAUGGGAGUUCCCCCCGCACACUACUGAGGCCACCUGCAACCUUUGGUCAGUCUACGUGCAUGAAACAGUCCUAGGGAUCCCCAGGGCUCAGGCCCACGAGGCUCUGAGCCCUCCAGAGCGAGGGAAGAGAAUCAAGGCCCACCUGGGAAAGGGAGCCCCUCUGUGUGGCUGGAAUGUGUGGACAGCCCUGGAAACAUAUCUACAGGUACUGAGCAGAAAUUCUGGGAGAAGGGGAUGACCAGACCCUUCAGUUAUGUAGCGACCUGGAUCUCAGUAGCUCUCCAGCUCCUUCACCACCCCACUAGGUCCAGGGACCACCACCUCCCCCGGAAAUGAGAGGGACUGGGCCGCAUGGUGGUGCUUCUUGAGUUAUACCCCUCUAAGGCAGAGAGAAUAGCACCUGUCUCACUCACCUUCUGAUUUUGAGAUGUACGAGGAAAUGAAAAAUAUUAUGAAAAAAUAGAAAUAUAGCAUAAGUUAAAGAAUUUAAGCAACCUGUCCAGUAUCCCCCAUUUAAGUGAAGGACCUAGAACUUAAAAUCAGGACCUAAUGACAAGCCCCAGGCUUUUGCAUUGCCACGCCCAUUCUUAGUUUUUUGUGCCUUUCACUAAUUUUGUGAAGAGUGAAUGUGAGACAGUCCCAGUUAAUGAGGUAACUUUGUACUGCAUUCAUUUCCAUAUCCUUAGAUAGCCAGUCUGGGGGUAUAUAGGACCACUGACCACAAUGGUAGGUUGACCCUAAACUGUAAAUUUAAGCCCUGAUUCUGUCCUAUUCUGCUACCGACUCACUGUGGAGCCCUGAGUAUCAUUUCUCAAUAGCUCUAGAGAGACCAAGUCUGGGACUUGGCCUCAAGACAAACAGGCACCUCUGACUCCUCUUCCCACUAGAGGGCUUCUCCCCAGCAUCCGUGCUGCUGCUGCCUUAGCUCAGGCCUCGUUAGUCUUCCCUCAGUGUAUUCCAGUAGCCUUCUAAAUUGUCCUAGCAUCUUGCCUCAAUCCUCUAUGAUUCAUCUUCCUUACACUCCUUCCAAAAUAAUGUGAAUACUCUGUCUAUAAAAUGCUUACAGUGUUCUCUAGCACAUAUAGGGAAAAGUCAAAGCUCAUUAGCAGGGCAUAGGAGGCCCUUCAUGACCAGCCCCACCAGUGCCUCUAGCUACAUCUCCUGCUGUCACCUCCACAUUUACCCUCCGGCAUGCCAACCUGCUUAUGCUUACGGACACAUCUUGCUGUUUUGGCUUCUGUGCCUCCCCUUGUUUGCUUCCUGCUGCUGAAUCAUGCUGGAACAUCUUGUCCAUUAGCUGUCAAGUCACUUGUCCAAAUUCAGCUCUGUUGUCCCCUUCUCUCCUGGACAUCGCCUCCUUGAUAAACCAACAUUUUUAAUAAUGUGUUUAUUUACAUGUGUUUCUCCCUUUGGCCAGUGUUCUCUAGAAGGACAAGAGCUCUUAAUCAUGUUUGCCUAGCACAGUAGCUGGCAGGGUCUGGAUGUCUAAUACAUGUUAUAUGUUUAUUAAAUGCUUAAUUUAUUGAUGUAUUCAUUAAUAAGUGUCAAAGAGCAAGCCAGUAAAGAACAGAGGAGCAAUAAUGAGGGUACAGCAGUGAGACUCUGAGGGAGGCUUGCCUUCGAUAGUGUUAUCUAUCCUUGGGCUUUUACAAGCUAGAGUCAGAGAAUGCUCAUCUAUUAAAGGGAGAGUAGAGAUGGAAACCCCAGACCCCUGCUAACUAGAAAUUUGUAUAAUCUUAGUGAACAGGGGCCUUCUGCCAAGGGCUUUCCGGAGGGCUGCCCCUUAAGAAGUAUGAGCCACUCUCAUUUGUAGCCCCUCAAGACAGGCUGGAGUAUUUUCUUUUUCUGCCCUAAAUGCAGUGUUCUACAGAGCAAUUUUGUAUCAUUGCAGAUAGUCACAGGUCCGAGACGGUUAUCUAAAAAAUAAGGAUUAGUAUCAUACCUGGAAAGUAUAGUAUUUGAGGUUUGCAGCCUUUUAGAAUCUCAAUAGGCCAAAUAUGUAGGAAGUGAGGGUUUCUCAUCUCAGUAAGGUCCAAACCUGUCCUGAUGCUGAGGAAAAUACUUGAGAUCUGGGAAGACAAUUUUUUAAAUUAAAGAUACUAAUAGUGGACAUUUAUUGAGUGUUUACCUCUAUUCAGACAUUAGGUUUCCCCUGAGCACCCCCCACUAGAUUCAGGGGGUGAUGUUUUGUGGCUGAGAGGUGGAAUGAGCAAUGAAAUUGCAUUAUUGUGCAGGGGUAGAGUGGGGAGAUAGGGACACAUACCCAGGAUGAAGGUAACAAUUGAGGGGAGGUGAUCAUGUGAAUGAAAUAUAUUUAAGAACACACAUGUCGCAUCACUUUUGCAAACUUGACAACUCAUUCUGUUCCUUCUUUCCCUUUUCAGCUCCAGGAGGCCUUCGGGUGGGAGCCAUUCACCCAGCUCUUUGCUGAGUACCAGACCCUCUCUCAUCUCCCCAAAGGCAACACUGGCAGGAUGAACCUAUGGGUAAAGAAGUUCUCUGAAAAAGUGAAGAAGAACCUGGUUCCCUUCUUUGAGGCCUGGGGCUGGCCUGUCCAGAAGGAGGUGGCUGACAGCCUGGCCUCCCUACCAGAGUGGCAGGAAAACCCCAUGCAAGUAUACCUCCGUGCCAAGGAGUGAAGGAUGCCCCGCAAGGCGGGAGAGAAAAAGCAGGGUCACGCCGGCAACUCCACCACGAGGCUUUGGCCAUGUGUGCUCAGUAUCUGAGCCUGGAUCCCGCUUCCAAGCCUGACCACUAGAUGGUGGCCAAGGUCAUAAGAAAAAAUGGAACCCCUUUCUGAAAAAGGUGCCUUGUGCUUCUUUUUAUUGUUUUUCUGCUUACACUAUUGCUUUCCCCAAGAGACUCACCUCACCUCUUAGUCUCCCAGAGAGGAUCUCUCAUCCUGCCAUCCUGAGGCUUCUAUUUUUGACCAAUAGCUCUAAAGACCAUGGGUUCCCAUAACAACUUGAUAUCUCUUUCUCAUCCCUGCCGUCCCUGAACAAGGCUUCUAAUUUAUUAUGCUUUAAGAAGUUUUCGUAUAGCAAGCGAGACACACUGGAAUAGUGGAGAGAGCCCUAAACCAGCUUUGGUUCUAUGGAAAAUCACUUCACCUCUCUGUGUUUCUGUCUCACAUCCAUGACAUGAGCAUACAAAUCUUUUCCUCGCACAGCUGUUGUUUGAUAAUGGUGAACGUGUUUGUGCACCACCACAUGCAGAGACAUUACGUGUCUAUAAGGGUAUUCCUGAGGUUUCUCCUGGUCCCACAGUGGACUGUUACAGUGUUCAGUCUAGCGUGCACAUCCUGGGCACUGAAUCUCUCUUCAGUGUUAACCCCCUUGGCGUUAGCAUUCAGUCCUUGUAUAUUUAGAGAAUAUCAGUGUUUUCCAAGACAUGAUAAUAAUGGUAGUUGUCAGCAGUAUCCUAGCCCUUUCUCUAUUUAUUCUCCCACUUCUGGAAUGAUUCUCGGGUAUAACCUAACCCAAAGAAAAAUGCCAUGUGCUCAAACUGAGGGCUGUGAGGUUGGGUCUUUGGGGUUAGCUCCAUCUUCCAGGAUUUGCCCUUUGCCCUUCAACCAAAGGACAAAGUCAUGUUAACAGCUGCUACUAAGUCUACAUGCCUAUUCGUUCAUACCACAAAACAGGCAUCUGUCACCAUGGAAUCAAGGCACUUGAUGGGGGUGGGGGCUCCACAGGCACAGUGGGCUUCACUCUGGAACAGGAUUACUGGGUGCAGCAGACGCAAUCCUCACUUCAUCAGCCCACACCCCAGCACCCUGAGCUUUCUCUUAAUCUCAUUCUAGCCCAUCGUGACUCUUCGGUUAGGAAGGGUUCUCUCUGGAGAUUUGUCUCUGGGAUUAAUGGGUGUAUGCCUAGCUACUUUCUCCAGUUUACUUUUAGACCAUAUUAUUGUUUGUUUUGAAUAUCAUUCCUUAGGCUUUGUGGAGAGUAGAUUGACUUCCCACGAGGAGAACUAAUUUAGGGCAUGUCUUUUGCUGAAUCCCGUCAGUCUAUCCUUCCCAAUUCUAGAUAAUUUCUUUUUAUUUCUCUAGUACCCUUUGCCAGGGGCUUUACACAUGAAAGGUGUUCAUGAAACGUUUGUCAAAGGGAAGAACAGUAAUGACACGUCACACAUAAUGAGUGAUUAGUAUAUUCCAGGCAUUAUGUGAGCUAUUUACUGUGAGUGAUUUCAUGUUAUCUUCCCAGCAGACCUCUGAGGUAGGUACUGGUGUCAUCCCCAUUUCAUAGAUGAGGAAACUGACACUAAGGGACAUAAAAUAAGUUUUUUGAAGUCACGAAGUGAAUAAGAGGCAGAGCCAGGGCUUAAUUGAAGUCAUAGCAAUGAAAACAUUGUGGAACUUAUUCUUCAUGAAUGGUUUACAAUUUAAACAAAAUGUCACCUAGAAAAUAGAUGAAAAUAUGUUCAACAGAGUCUGGAUUUUUCCAAUGUUUACUACUGAAUUUUCAAUCAGUAACAGAUUGAACUUCCAAAAAGGUGUUGGUAUCUGAUUUUCUGCCUGCCUCAGAAUGUGAUUUGUCUGCCUUUGGGUAAUCCAGCCUUGGGUAGAGAAGGAAUUUGAAACCAGGAAAUUCAACUCCAGAACUGGUGUUCUUUUCCCCGCCCCCCUUUAAGUUCUGGGAUACAUGUGCAGAACGUGCAGGUUUGUUACAUAGGUAUACAUGUGCCAUGGUGGUUUGCUGCACCCAU